UUGACUGAAUGUCAGAGGCUUGGCUUGACACCAGUUGGCUUUAUUGGUGACAAUUUGAGAGUUCAGUUCUCUGCAUUUAACACAUUUGCAGAAAGAUGCAAUAAUAUAGCAAUGUCAUGCGGCUGUCAUACACUUAAUUUAGCCUUGACAGACAUACGCAGGGAAAACGACGAGUUUGAACAUUUAUGCGCUAUUGUGGAGAUUGUUGCUCACUUAUUCAACAAAAAACCCAUUAAAACGUACUUCUACUACUCCAUACCCCUUCCAGUAGACACAAGAUGGGUCAUAUUCUUUGAUGUUUCAUUGUGGAUUGUACAACAUACUAAAGAAAUUCUUCAGUUUCUUCAGCAUCCACAGGUGCCAAACAUCAAAGCAUUGCACAAAUAUAUACCCAUGAUCCUGGAAGUUGUCUUCGAAGCAGCACCGAAAUUAGUUAUGCUGCUUCUUCCAAUCAAGCUUCUAAUGAACGUGUUCGAAACGGAUAACUCCUCAACCACCCAAACCACCUCCACCUCCUCCACUCACCAACCACCCAAACCACCAUACCCCAACUCCCAACUCCUCAACCACCCAAACCACCUCCACCUCCUCCACUCACCAACCACCCAACACCCCUCCCAACUCCCAUCUCAACCACCCAACACCCCUCCAUAUCCCUUCACUCACCAACCACCCAACACCCCUCCCAACUCCCAUCUCAACCACCCAACACCCCUCCCAUAUCCCUUCACUCACCAACCACCCAACACCCCUCCCAACUCCCAUCUCAACCACCCAAACCACCUCCACCUCCUCCACUCCUCAACCACCCAAACCACCUCCACCUCCUCCACUCACCAACCACCCAAACCACCUCCACCUCCUUCACUCACCAACCACCCAAACCACCUCCACCUCCUCCACUCACCAACCACCCAAACCACCAUACCCCAACUCCCAACUCCUCAACCACCCAAACCACCUCCACCUCCUCCACUCACCAACCACCCAAACCACCAUACCCCAACUCCCAACUCCCAACUCCUCAACCACCCAAACCACCUCCACCUCCUCCACUCACCAACCACCCAACACCCCUCCCAACUCCCAUCUCAACCACCCAACACCCCUCCCAUAUCCCUUCACUCACCAACCACCCAACACCCCUCCCAACUCCCAUCUCAACCACCCAACACCCCUCCCAUAUCCCUUCACUCACCAACCACCCAAACCACCUCCACCUCCUCCACUCCUCAACCACCCAAACCACCUCCACCUCCUUCACUCACCAACCACCCAAACCACCUCCACCUCCUCCACUCACCAACCACCCAAACCACCUCCACCUCCUUCACUCACCAACCACCCAAACCACCUCCACCUCCUCCACUCACCAACCACCCAAACCACCAUACCCCAACUCCCAACUCCUCAACCACCCAAACCACCUCCACCUCCUCCACUCACCAACCACCCAAACCACCAUACCCCAACUCCCAACUCCUCAACCACCCAAACCACCUCCACCUCCUCCACUCACCAACCACCCAAACCACCAUACCCCAACUCCCAACUCCUCAACCACCCAAACCACCUCCACCUCCUUCACUCACCAACCACCCAAAACCUCAAUCGUUGACAUUUAUCCUUAUACACAAUCCGCUAUGCUCACUCUUGCCAGAAUCGUUGAUGGUCAGGAAUAUCUUAUUCCGAUUUCAGAAAUUUAUCUCUGUAAUCAGAACGCUCGUAAUAAAAGAGAUCUUCUUUGUAAUGCUAGUUAGUAUCUAG